UAUUUAAAAAUUUCAAAAUCUAACAUAAGAUUUAUCUAUAAAUUCCAAAUAUGGGACUAUCUUUGAGCUUUUUUUGGUUUGUUGGGUUGGGUUUUCUGUUCAUUGAGCCAUGAACAUAUGCUUGGGUUUCAUGGUUGUUUUGUUUCUAAUUCUUCCCAUGUUUGAUGUCUUUAACCGAAUCUCCUAAUUCCCAUAUCUGAUGGCUUUCAUUUUAUUCUGUCAACAAUAUUAUUGAGAUCAAAGAGUAGGGGAUUUGGGUGGGAUUUGCUCUAUCUGCUCAAAGGCAUUUGAAAUAUUGCUGAGGAGAUGAGAAUUUGGGUCCAGUCCAUUCUUGCUAUUGGCUUGUGUCUCUUAAUAAAUUUCAUUAGCAAUAGCAUAUCAAGAUUUGAAAUACAAACAUGGCGCAGGGAUAUGGUAUGACAGAAGCUGGUGGAAAUUUUUCAUUGGAGAAUCCAACGGAAAGGCUUCGUUCUUCUGGUUCAACUGGAACACUACUCAUGCCUAUAAUAGAAUCCAAAAUUGUCAGUGAAAAUACAAUGAAACCCCUUCCACCAAAUCGGAUAGGAGAAAUAUGGAUUCAUGGACCGACUAUUACACAAGGUUGCACCUUUCAAAAGAUUGAAAAGAGUCACUUUCCUGAAUGGUAUCCCAAGAUCAGUUCCUGGAAAGAUUUUGGGAAAAGAGCUGACAGAGAAAGUUCGAUCCCAAAGAUGUAAGAUACCAAUUCACCUUGAGAAAGGUUGAAGACCUGAAGUUCAUUACUAAUGGAUUACAAAUUCUGGGUUUAUGAGUUGUUAUCCCACUGCAAUAUUUAGCUAGAAUUUUUUCCACAAGUCAAUGACUAUAAUCCCAAACUUAUAAUCUCAACCCAUGGUUUUUAAUUUUCCCACAUUCCCUGUGCAUUUUGGAAUGCGCAUGACUGAUGUUCAAUUCAUGAUUUGCCAAGUCAAUUAUAUUCCUAAUUUAAGACAAUAUUAGUUGAAUUUAUGUGAAUAGUAACAGACUUACUUUGGUCAAUACUUGAGUAAUUAGUCAUGAUUAAAUGGUGUUCUUGUUUAAAAGAGAUGGGCAAUGCAACAGUACCAGGCAGGCUUAAAUCAAGGUAGAAGGUUGUUGAUUGCUGUGAAAAUUUGUUCUAUGUUUUUGUCAGUACUAAUUUGUAAGAUGUAGUUCAUGAAUUUUAUCUCAAGUCAAAGGAUAUCGUCACGUGAAUCGAAAAUCUCAGUCACGGAAAAACAAAUAGAAAGAGUAGAAAAGGAAAACUUUUGAUCAUAAAGAAAGGAAAAUUGCAUUAAAUUAAAUUAAAAGAAAGGAUAUCUUUGAGGAGUAAUUUGGUGCGGCGAGCUUUUUUGUGAGAAAAUCUUCGCUUCUUUACUUUCCUGCUUGGACAUUCUCCGCCCAUUUUUUCUCUUCCCCUUGGAUUGCGAUUUGGGAAAUUAGGGUUCCGUAAUAGACUCCUUGAAAAAC